AUGAGAAACAAUGGGUUUGAAAUGGUCUCCAGAUACUGUAUUUGCAAAGAAAACCAAGAUUGUAUGAACCAUACACUUUGGAACUAUAAUUUCAGUGUGCAGAUCUGGUCUUGGAUAUGCUCUAUCUUUGAUUUCUCUAAUCCAACAUCUUUUGAAGAUAUUUGUAAAGCAACUCAGAGGAAUAUCCCUUUAGUUAAGGAAAUUUGGAUGACUGCAGCUUGUGCAACCAUGAAAGAACUUUGGUUUCAAAGAAAUAAAAAACUAUUUGAAGAAGUUGAACCUGAUUUAAAUAGUUUCAAGUGUAGAAUAUGGAAAUUAGUACAUGAGGGUGGCUGCAGAAUGAAGGGUUCAAGAUGGGGACAAUCUUAUGAUCAACAAAUUAUUGAAUUUUUCAAGAUGGGUGUCAGAUUUUCUAAAUACAGUUGCAUCAAAGCUUGUUAUUGGAGCCCUCCAAACCAGGGUUAUUUGUUGCUUUGCUGUGAUGGGACUUCAUUUGGAAACCCAGGAAAUGCAGGAUUUGGCAUCAUAGUCAAGGAUGAACAUUGCAGCACUAUUGGCACUCUGUCAGGUGGGUUAGGAAUCACAACCAAUUAUAUAGUUGAAUGCUUUGCUGUUUUAUGUGUUGUUGAAUGGGAUAUUCUCUUAAAUGCUACAAGAUUAAUCAUCAGGUCUGACUCUAAGUCAGUUAUCAAUGAGUUUAGCACAGGAUUGGUUCCUUGGUUCAUAAAAACAAGAUGGAGAAAUGCUAUAAGGCAAAUGAAAGAUAUAAUUUUUGAACACUGCUAUCGUGAGAUUAAUUUUUCUGCAGAUUCUUUGGCUAAAAGGGGUGCAUAA